AUCAAUUUCUCCUCCUAAAUCCUCACAAUGUCGCCCUCUGCAAACACCACAACAAACCACAACCAACGCCCCCCUCACCACCCGCUUCCCGAAGAAGAAGCCCGUACAUCGCUGCUGCACCGUUAUAAAAUUCCGACUUAUACCCACCGAACGAGCGCGAGCGCCUCCUUCCGUGGAAUAACCGGGGUGCAGAAGGGACACGCGCUCCGACUCGCAGUCUAUCUGGAGUCUGGGCAUGACCUCGCAGUUUAUCUGGAGGUCACGGGUCGCCUGUCAGCGAAACUGGUUUUUCUUCUAGGGUUGCUGUGGGAAAGGGUUUGGGAUUAUAGGUCAGGUACGUGUACGUGUCUUGGUAUACUAAAUUAAUUGGUAGCGCGAUGGCGUCGAUUCAGUUAGAUGCGGUAAAGGCGGUGCUUGCGUGGCAGCAUAAUGGUACGCCACGAUAUCUCGCUGAGCCUGAUCCUAAGAGUUCUUCGAUUCGAUUUACGCUACACCUUAAUACGACCUCGGCGCUCUUCGAAAUUCAGAUUCCCAUUAGCUAUAAGCAACACACCAAGACUUCAGCCAUCUACAUUCACGUCAACCCUCGGUCUAUCAUCUCCCUCACACCUUCCGUCGAACAAGACGUCCCCGAUCCCGUCAAGCCUGUCCUUAGGUCUACGAUAUGUCUUAACUUCGAGCUCAACGACGCGAUCACUAUCCUCAUCCCAAGCUUUAUAAGCGAGCCAGUUACGGCUGCCCGAUUGCGUUCCGGAGUCAUACUUGACUCGCUCUAUGAGUUGGUAGAGACAACCUCUUUACGCGUCUACAUCCCCGACGAUGCAUUGUCUCAGGAUCAGUUAGAGUCUCUCAGCUCCGCAACCAUACAGCAGCUGAAUCCAUUCUCUGGUCCUGAUUAUGACAUAUCUCGUUGGUUCUCGGGUCGUGGUGCAAAGGUCACAACACUUGCGAAGCCUCCACCACCUUCUUACAAUAAAGCCACGGUCGGCCAAACGAAUGCACCCCUGUACAACGAAACAUCAACCUUCGAUCCACCUACCCCUUCCCACAAGCGCAAACGAAGCCAAGACUCAACUGGCAAACGAAGCCGGGAGGUAGUCCCUAAUAACGCCACAAUAUGGGACAAGCUGCUAGAACUCGAGGCUGUAGUCCAUAAUCGUACACGACCCAAUACCCCCGAGGACCAGUCACGGCAUGUCCAGGAACUACAAGCCGAGGUCGCCAAGCUACAGACGCAACUCAUCCAAUGCGAGAAGACAGCUUUGGACCGAGAAACUGAGAUUACCAAGCUACAAACACAACUCACUCAAUGCGAAAAGAAAGUCGUGGACGGAGAAGCCGAGGUGGUGAAGCUGCAAACACAGCUAACACAAUGCGAGAAGAAAGUCGUCGAUCUGGACACCGAACUCGCAGGAUUACGAUAUACCCAAGAUAAUGCCGACAACGAAGCGAGCGUGAUAAUAAGCGAGAUAGAAGAUACCCUCCGAGAGCACGAAGAAAAGAUAGACUUUGUUACAAGAGGGAAGGACGAUGAUGAGUUUAUGGAUAUCCUUAAGGAGGAGAUACUCAGUGAACUCAUUACGCGGAUAUCGCGUGGCUGAAGGUGCUAUCAUGAUUCCAAGUACAUAAUAACCUUACAACGACGCAUGUAAUACGACUGCACGAUUGAUUUCGCAUGAAGGAUCUCAAUCGUCCAACGAAUUUCCGAUCAACACUCACGACCUAUAACAGAGCUGCCAGCUUAGCGCACGCAACCAUCAAGUGACCAUAAUGGCCUACUCAACAAGUCUGCCACUGUAUGUCGUUUGUUCCACAUAACUGCUAUAUCUAUAUUGACUGUUCCUGCCAGUACGGAGCAAGACCUUGUAUCUGGAUAAUCUACAAGAGCGGCAGAGGACUUCAAAUCUGACCCAUAUCAAUAUCUGUGAUACAUAAUAUAAUAUAUCUGCAUGAAUAUUAUUAUUUGCCAAUUACCCUUGCCGUUUACCUGUAUUACUAUGACUCUUCCCGUCUUGUGUAUGAUCGUUGGAUAAGAAGUAACUCGGAAUGUAUUGACUGUUGUU